AAAGGAAUCAGUGGCUAACAAAGUCAGUGGCAAUCGAUCAAAGAAUGAUAUUGAUCCUUGGUGGUUGAAUCUUCCUUAUGCUCUGGGUCCUUCGGUACAAAAGAGUUUCAACAGCUGGGCAGUUACAACAGUCGUUGAGUACUUCCAUCUGCUUCCUUAUGCUGCGAUUUUGUGAGACUGAUAUCCCAGGCAAUGAGCUUUGUUUAAGUAAAAAUCUUAUGGUGGGAUAUUUCAACACGCUCCCUCACGUGGAACCCAAUUAGUGAAUUACACGUAGAAGAUUCACACAUCAACAACCACAUGGAGCGAAGAGAACUCAGCCAACAUGCGGGGGCAAGUGAACCACAAUCAUUGUGCGGGGCAAAGGGAACCCACCUAUCAUGUGACAGUACGAAGCCGCUCUCAGGCUCUGAUACCAAAAUGAAAUAUGUCUAUUACUUCGUUAUUUUAUUCAUCAUCUAGGGCUUACAAUAUAUAGACACACAUCACAAACAACUAGAGUGAGUGACUCAAAGUUAUCUGAUUAGGGACAUUGAAAAUAAGGACAUUGUGUUAUGGUACACAAUGGGCUUUCAUCAUGUUCCAUACCGAGAAGGUUUUCAUCAAUUCAUUCUCCUUGCUCUUAAUGCAAGAAAGAUACCCCAUAAAAGGUUGGGAGAAACUGAGAAUGGAAGGCUAAGAAAUUUUUAAUUCAGCCGUUGAAGACACCCCUGUAUAUAGCUCAUUCUGUAUUCUUGUUUGGGAUUGUUAUGUAUGAAACACUGCACAUUCCCUUUAAUUUUGUUAAUUGUUUUCGUUUUGUAAAAACCACUUUUUCUAAAAGCGUUUUCAUUAAAAGAAAGUUGAAAUUUUAUUGUAAGGAGUUUCUCAUUCAAGUGCUAAUUAAGAAUGUUUAUCCUUGCACCAAAGUCGUGUAUUCAAUUUUCCCUUCCACAUGAUUUAAGUUAUUCAAUACAAUGGCACUAUUAUUGUUAAACCCUUGUGGGCCUUUACACACGUUUUCUUCAACUUGUAGCAUGUGACAUUUAAGAAAAUACGGUUGCAAUUGCAAAGACAGAUGUGUAAAAUGAUGGCUCAUGGUGCCCUUCACUUAAUUAUCAAAGAAUCAAAAGCAAAGCAAAGCAAAGAAAAGCAGUUAGAAUUAAAUAUGCUUGCUCUGAGUGCAAGGCAAAGGACUAGUGAAAUGCAAGAAAAGUGUGAGUUGUCUCAUUAAAGUCAGGAUAACCCUCUAUAAAAUUGCUCCUUUUGUAUUGUGUAAUCCCAAACAGUUGGAUAUCCAGAACCAAAUCUACACAAAUUGAUUCCUUUAUUAGGAAUUUGCAAAGCAAAUUCAUGACUGCCCUAUUUAUACCCUUAGUUUUGAUCCUACAAUGCUGCUUCACAGCUACCUCAUCCCACCCCCUAGACCCUCUAACCCCAACUGAGAUCAAUACAGCUAGGCUCACAAUUCAGAAGUCUCACAUUGGAAAUCUUCCUAACCUCACCUUUCAUUUUGUUGACACUGAAGAGCCAGAGAAAGCUGAAGUCCUUAAAUGGUUAUCUUCAAGCAAUAAAAAAAGGUCCACCCCUCCCCGCCAGGCCAAGGUGGUGGCUCGAGCCGGUGGUCAGACCCACGAGCUCAUUGUGGACUUGGCCACCGGCUCUGUCAUAUCCGAUCAUGUCCACACAGGUCAUGGAAACCCUCCUCUCACCUUUACCGAGCUUUUCCUAGCUAGUAAGCUUCCUCUCAGUCACUCCAAAUUCAUAAACUCAAUUUCAGCAAGGGGAUUGAAUUUAUCUGAAGUUUCAUGCCUACCCUUUUCAAUUGGAUGGUAUGGGGAAGAAAUUACCAAGAGAGCCGUGAAAAUCCAGUGCUUCUAUAGAGGAGGAUCAGUCAAUGUUUUUGCAAGGCCUAUUGAGGGAAUAACAAUGCUAGUGGACCUUGAUUUGAUGAAAAUUACAGUGUACACUGAUAGGUUCAGAGCUCCUUUGCCCAAAGCUCAAGGCACUGACUUCCAAACCCCAAAAGAAAAUUCCAAUUCUGGCCCUUGCAACAAAACGAAAAGUGGCUUCACCGUCUCAGGCCACGAGGUCAAAUGGGAAAAUUGGGUUUUUCAUGUUGGGUUCAAUGCUAGGGCAGGAAGUGUGAUCUCUACGGCUUCUGUAUUUGACUCCAGGAAGAAGAAGUACAGGAGUGUGCUGUACAAAGGGCACGUGUCCGAGACGUUCGUGCCAUAUAUGGAUCCUACAAGUGAAUGGUAUUUCAGGACAUUUAUGGACAUUGGUGAAUUUGGGUUCGGGAGAUCAGCUGAUAGUUUGCAGCCUCUGAUUGAUUGCCCGGAAAAUGCUGAAUAUGUUGACGGGUUUAUGGCUGGGGCUGAUGGUCAGCCACAAAAGGUAGAAAGGGCCAUUUGCAUCUUUGAGAGGUACUCGGGUGAUGUUGCAAUGAGACAUACUGAAAUUAACGUUCCAGGCAAAUUGAUAACAAGUGGGCAGCAGGACAAGAGUUUGGUGGUUAGAAUGGUGGCUACUGUUGGCAACUAUGAUUACGUUCUUGACUGGGAAUUCCAGCGAAGUGGCACCAUCAAAGUUGGGGUGGGUUUAACAGGUGUCUUGGAGGUAAAGGCAACUUCAUACACAAGCAACGACCAAAUAACGAAAAACGUUUACGGAACCUUGGUAUCAGAAAACACCGUCGCCGUUAACCACGACCACUUCCUCACAUAUAUGCUAGACCUAGACGUCGAUGGUAACGCCAACUCCUUUGUCAAGGCCAAGUUCCAAACGGCAAGAGCAAGUACCGUUAACCCAACAUCACCAAGAAAGAGUUACUGGAAGGUCUUUUGGGAAACCGUCAGGACUGAAGCCGAGGCGAGAAUUCGGCUCGGCUUGGAGCCUGCCGAGUUGUUGAUUGUGAACCCUAAUAGUAAGACUAGGCUUGGAAAUCAGGUUGGUUACCGGGUGAUUACAGGACAGCCAGUAACUUCUCUUCUGGCUGAUGAUGAUUACCCACAGAUUAGGGCUUCUUAUACUAAGUAUCAAGUUUGGGUGACUGCCUAUAAUAAGUCAGAGAAGUGGGCUGGAGGGUUCUAUGCUGAUAGGAGCCAUGGAGAUGAUGGCUUAGCUGUUUGGAGCCAGAGGAAUAGAGCUAUUGAAAACAAAGAUAUAGUAUUGUGGUACACAGUGGGAUUUCAUCACAUUCCAUGCCAAGAAGAUUUCCCAGCUAUGGCCACCCUUCAUGGCGGAUUCGAGCUACGCCCUGCAAAUUUCUUCGAAUCCAACCCAUUGCUCUAACAAAGCUGCCCUUUUGAAGGGAAGUUCUUAGUUAUGACAGAAAUACUUUAUAACACCAUUCUUCAAAAGUUUAAUUAAUCAUGGUUUGUUGUGAAAGGGACAAGGUGUUGUAUACAUACGUUGGGUUUCUUCACUUCUCUGCAUAGUUGUAAGUUUGUGUUCAUAAAUCUGGACUGACUGGUGGCUCGGAAGGACUUUAGUAAAUCACAUCUGCAGAGAUUAGUUUUAACUCUUUUUAAGUUUGUAAAACUGAAACAUAAUACAAUCAAUGAAAGUUUAAUUUAUCAUUCGUCUCAUAUUCUUAUGCA